CUGCUCCCAGCACAGCGCCUCUGAACGGUGCGGCGCGCGGCCGGGCGGACCGUAACCUAGCCGGCGUGCCGGCGCCGCCACUAGAUGCUGUCCGCCGCAAUCCCGCACCAUUCAGUGCUCAAUCCCCGGCGCCCCGACCUGAAGACCGCUCGGAGCCCGUGAAUCGCCUCGCCCGGUCGUCCCCGGGGCUCAGGCUGUCGAGGCGUCUCCACUUCCACGGGCAGGCUUCAAGCUGCUUCACCCGAGUUCCAGAGCAAGGGCAAGACUCGGCAUGGACUCCCUUCAUCUUGUGCACGUCAAGCUUCUGGCUGCCGACCUUCUCACGCUAACCCCCCGACAUACGUCGCCGGCUUCCUUUGUUCGCGGUGGCCGUACAGUUGCUCGUGCCGAGGUUGUUGGGGUCGUUGUUUCACGUGACCGCAGGGAGAAGUUUCUGCGCUUCCUGGUUGAUGAUGGCACUGGCUGCGUACCAUGUAUCCUGUGGCUGAACCACCAGUACCUGAAUGCAAACAGCUCAUCCGAUUCUGAUCCAACUGGAGAGAUGGCAUCGAAAAUGUCGGAGGUGGUACGCCUGGGCACCCUGUUGAGGGUUCGUGGGAGGAUUGUCAUGUAUCGUGGUGCAAUUCAGAUUGCGGCUAGAGACGUGGUCCUAGAGGAGGACCCUAAUGUGGAGGUUCUACAUUGGUUACAGUGCGUUCACAUGGCCAAGGAAUGUUACGAUCUGGCACUACCUUCUGUUUGAGGUGUGCCUUGGAGGAUCUCAUGCUCUAUAAUGAUCCCAAACUGUAUGGUGGUUAUUGUUGAGCCAACUUUUUAUAACGCGAACCAGCGUGUGUAUGGCAAACAUCGUUAAUUAAAUGCCUUUUUUGGCCGGCUGCA